GAUAAUUAUAUGACGCAAAUAUAUGACAAUAUUAUUCAAGUGGAACAUAUACUCGAUACACUUAAUACGUUUUCAUUAAAUAUAUAAUAAAAUCGCUGGUUCAUUUUUCACUUCAAAUCCUUAUGUUGGGUAGGAACAUUUCAUUUAUGUAACGUUUGUUAAGACAAUUCGGUGGAUAUAGCAUAUAUAACCCAGUGAAGGACGUAGAUUUUAUAACUAUGUCUGCUAAUAUGACAAUGGACAGAGGUGGUAUGUUCGACGAGGAGGAAGGACCACCAGUUGGCCAGCCUGAUGGACCACCUUGUAUGCCACCUCCUGGGUUUACAGGACCUCCGCCACCAGGGACUUAUAUCAUUGCUGCGGAGCGAUUAUGGAAAAUAGUGCCUCCAAUUAUCAUUUCAAUUGGAACAGUUGGUAACAUAUUGACUGUAAUCAUUUUACUGCGAUAUAUGAGAAAAAUCUCAUCAACUGCAGUGUUUCUUUUAACGUUGGCGAUUUCGGACACAUUGUUCCUAUUAAAUGCUCCUUUAAGAAGAUGGAUAAUUGUAAUAUGGGAUAAAGAUGUAAGAUAUAUUAGUGAAUUAGGAUGUAAGUUUUCUGUAUACCUUACAUACUCGAGUCUUCAAUUAUCCUCUUGGAUUCUAGUUGCAGUAACUGUGGAGCGAUUUAUCUGCGUCGUGUGGCCGCACAGAGUGAGAUUGGGAUGUACUCGAAAGUCUGCAACAGGUGUUGUGGCAGUUCUAAUUCUUAUCAUUUUCGGAUCAAACGCGCAUAUUUUCUAUGGAUUUGGAAGGUCCGAUUUACCUAUAUUUAACAACCAAGGUCUAUGUGAGCCACUUUACGAAGGUUACCACACAUUUUGGUCGAAAAUGUAUACAUGGAUUGACUUUGCAGUCGUUUUUCUUGUGCCUUUUGUGGUCCUACUUGUUGCAAAUACAGCCAUCAUCUAUAAACUACGUAAAUCCCAGAACCAAAGGAGAAAACUAAGCAUAAUCAAGAGCGCAGGGCAUAAGAAUAAGGCGAGCGACACAAGGACUGUUACAAUAAUGCUGAUAUGUUUGAGUGUUGUAUUUUUCAUAUCUCUUACACCGGUGUCCAUCUAUUACAUAUAUAGACCUUACUGGCUCGAGUCAAUUGAAAAAUGGCAGUGCAUUGAUAUAUACGAAUACAUACGAUUGAACGAACUGCAAGAGUUCGUUUCCACGGUUACUAACCUUAUUGGUUAUAUCAACUCAGCUUUUAAUUUUGUUCUUUAUACAAUAAGUGGAUCAAAAUAUCGCGCUGAACUGAAAGCAUUUCUUCUGUGUCGACCUGGAGGAAAGGAGGGCUUAUUUGGAAGCAGUGGUUCAGGAGUCCGGCGUCAAGGAACAACAUCAACUUUAGCGUCAAUAAGCAGGCAAUCUUCGACGAAGAGUACUGACAGCAAUGGGGCAAAUGUAGUGAAUCUUGAUCCUGCUUGGCAGACAAAACAAAACAGCAUCAAAGCAAGUGUUGGUGAUGCUUAUGAUAGAGAUGAAAAUAUGCUCAAUAAGAAACCUCUGCGUCUGGACUACAGUGAGGAACUUGAUAACAAUACCAAUACCGAAAGUGUAAGACUAUAAGGGAUGAAAACCAGCAGUAAGCUAUACUGUUAUAAUACUUUUACUGUUAAAUAAUGUCUUUAACGUUCAGAUUUGUCCAGUUAUCAGUUUUAUAAAACACAAAAUUUCAUUUGGUAAACAAGAAAUUGACUUCCCGGCGGACAAUAUCUGUAGAUCAGUGAUGAUAUCCUUGGAUCAGUAAAUAUUAUUGGACUGAUAUCUAAUGAAACCAAUGAUUUGAUCGCAAGUUAUAAAUAUGUAGUCUUAACCUCAGACAACUGAAUAAAAAAAAAUCUAUGAUCUUAAAAAUGUAAAUAUUUGAAACAUUAAUGAACUAUUAAGUCCUGACAAACGUACUAUAGUGUCUUGUUUAGGGGUGCAUUGUAUAAUAUUUGAGCACACUUUUUACGAUAGAUGGUUGUAGAGACAAGUGUAAGCUUGAUUAAAAUUUAUGUCGUACCUUCCUGUAAAUCAAAUGAAAAAUGUGUUUCCAAAAGCAGCACAACAAAAAUAAAUAUUAAAUCGAAAAGUAUACAUGUAUCACAUAAUUGUCAAAUAUUUACCUGAUGCCAGUAUCAUGGAUAUGAAAAUGAGGGAUUCGAUUGGUAGCCGGAGAAAGUCCAGGGAAAGUUAUUUAAAGACAGUGACGUUACAACUCGCCAACAGAGACGCUCUUGCUUAAUUCUGUAGAGUAAUGAAAAAUGUCUAAACUGUAUCAAAUACUUAGCUAUGAAUUUUAGCAAAAGAAAAAUCAGUAUGAUACCAUUUUGGACGUCAGUGAAAGCUUCGAAGAACUGUUGAAUACUCACUUAACUAUUUAAAAAGUAUUUUAGCCAAUAAGGAAGUUAAUUUCUUAAUUCUAGCAAAGUUAACUGUCGCGCGUUCCACAUUUGUCAUUAAAAUAUAUUUUCUUUUCGAGAAUAUAAACACCACUUCAGUAGUAUACGUAUUUACCAAACUUCUUUUUUUUUUUGUUUGGAUUCUUAUUGUACAUAUUCAUAGCUAAUAAAUAGAUAUAAAUUUAUUGAAACAAUAUUAACAUAAGCGCUAUAAUAGUAGCUAUCUCAAGUACCAUUUCAAUUUUCAAAUAUUAGACUACAUCGAUCAUUUAUGCUUAUAUCUAUAUUUAAACCAAAUUGUUUGGACCAACUAGGUGCUUCCUACUAUAUUUUGUUGAGGUAUUUGUAGAAACAAAGUAACUACCAAUGACAUGCUUCGGAGAAAACACAAACCUCAUUCGAAGGAGAGUAGGUUUAGUCUGCCUGUCGUUCUGUCAAUAGGCCAUUUGGUUUCUGAUCAAUACCUAAAGAAUGCUUCGUUUCACAACAGUCAAAAUUCAUAGGCUGAUUGCCUACGGUCAGUAAAUGACCCCUUGUUGUUUAAGGGGUCAGACGGUCAAAGGUCAAGGUCAAAGUGACCUCGAGACUGAAAACGGUUUGCACUGAAUAAGUACAGAAUGCUUUGCCCCACUGUCAUCAAAUUCCAUUGGAUAAAUGCGUGUGGUCAGUAAAUGGUCAUUAUUGCUUUUGUGAUUAGUAAGUUAAAGGUUAAUGUUAUAGUGACUAUAACGGGUUGCCGCUUGCUGUGUGUAUAUUUUAAACCUUAUGCAUACUGCUAUUAAGUUAUCCCAUCCAUAACAAGCAAUGUUUAAACUUUUAGAAUAUAUAUGUUUGUUGUAGAUGUAGUAUUGAAAGGAUAUAUGUAGAUACCGAGCUAAAUUCCAGUAUAGUUCAUAUAUCAUUACGACCACUUGUUAUGAAAGUCACUAAAUCAAGGCAAUACACGAUUCGUGUAUAAUGACUAUUUCGUUUUUAAUAUUACUCACAAUCUUUUUAUAGGGUUUUAGAUACUUUAAAAUGUAAUACGAGUAUGAUGAAAUCGAGUCAUUAUUCCUCUUUUUUUAUUCACUAAAACGGAAACAAGACCAUAAUUUGUUGCGAUGGUCGUGCUUUUAAACUUGAUUUUUUUAACGAAAGGAAAUAAACAUCUAAUAGAUAUGGUAUCAAAAUGGAAACAAAAUGCAAUUGUCAAAUAAAAAGUGUGUUAAAACAUAUACAGCGAUAAAUAGCCCAGUUACAUGAAUUGAUUAGAGGCUUAUCAUGAAAACUUACAAAAAAUCAGAUGUUAAGGUAGCCACUACUUGGUUUUCUUAUGCAUGGGUCUAUUUGUUAUAAUAAUUUUUAUUAUUGUUUAGUAAAAAUGAAGACAUUUUAGUUUGUUCAUCAAAGCUAUCAAAAUUUUCCAAAGGUAGCUUGUAAAAGUAUACUAGUCAAAAGCAUAAAUCUUUCGGGCAGAGAGGUUUAUGACACAUUUAGGUCUGAUAAUGCUUACAUGAUUUAAAUGACAAUUUAAGAGAAGGUUUCCUGUUAUAAGCCGAAUACCAUUUUUGUUAACGUUUUAGCAUUUGCCUUCCAUGAUGUUCUUGACUUAAAUGGAACUGAACAAUUAAGACGAAAAUGCCCUAUUUAGUCGCUAGGAGGGAUUUGCCUUUUCUUUCCGCUUGAAAAUCCUCAUCCGUAAUGUAUAAACGGUGUAUGCAGAGCUUUUGUAUUUAUCCAUGUGUAUACUAUUUGCCUCCUGAAAAUUCGUCGUGUACUCAGAUGUUAACCUCUUUUACGAUAAUCUUCUGCAAAACAUAUAUUGAUAUCAAAAACAGCGACUUAUUUACAUAUACGCUGAUUUAAACCGUUAUGGCAGUUCUGGUGAUUUCACCGCAGGGGUGGACUUAAUUGAACAGCGUAACAUUGUUGCUUUUAAAUCAAAUGCUAAUGGUGAUCAGUUUCCAGUUUCUGAUUGUAUGCUAAAUGGCCGUUACUAUGUACGUAAUGGUUUUACAUCUGUUUCAAGUAAAGGAUGCUGUGUUGUUGACUAUUGUUAAGUAAGUCAUGAAAAUUUGCAUCUUUUUACCGAUUUUAAGGUCACGUACGUCACCGAUGAAAUUAAUAAUUUUGUUAUUGGAAAUAUUGUACCCUCAUAUAUACCUGAUCACUCUGUAAUUUCAUGGACUAUUGAAAUCAAUAAUGGUCUGCAAUUUUAUGUCGUCGAUAAAUGCGAACCACCACCUAGUUUUGACAAAGUCAAUCUUGAGAAUGUUCCAAGUGACUUUUUGCUAGAUGAUGAUACACUGAUUGAAAUUAAGGCUGUUAUUGAAAUACUUGAGCAUGGGACGAGAGUGCAGGCUGACCUUGAUGUAGCCUAUAAUGGCUGGUGCGAUAUUGUAAAAUCCGAAAUGUAUAAUAAGCUACCUAUUUAAACCAUUAAUCAAUGCAAAGGCAAAUCCUCUUUAAAUUUGAACAAGAAAUGUAAACUUCCGUGGAAUCAGAAGCUCUCUGAAAUGUGGAGUGAAGUCUACAUUGCAGAGCUUAGCUGGGUUAAAUGAACAAAUAGAGCAAACGAAGUAGAGCUUAAACAUGUAUAUGUUGUAGUUAGAAAGAAACUGGAUAAAGAAAUACAACGUUGUAAACGUGCUUACAGGUAUAAGAUAAAAAAAAUGAGAUGUUGUUUAAUUUAGAAAAUAAUCAGUUUUGAAAAAAAUAUUGGCACGGUUGGAAUUUUUAAUGAACGUAAUAAAGACAUACCAAUGCAGGUUGAAUUAGACAAUGGUGAUAUCUUGUUUGUUUGUUUUAGGUUUAACGCCGUUUUUCAACAUUAUUUCAGUUAUGUAACGGCGGGCAGUUUACCUAACCAGUGUUCCUGGAUUCUGUACCAGUAUAAACCUGUUCCCCGCAAGUAACUGCCAAUUUCCCCACAUGAAUUAUCAGAGUUGGAGGACAAAUUAUUUUUAUGAAUUUUAUCAAAUCGUCACGGAGAACAUACGCCCCGCCCGGGGAUCGAACUCGCAACCCCGCAAUCCGUAGACCGACGCUCUCCCUACUGAGCUAAGCGAGCGGGCUUGGUGAUAUCUUGAAUGAUGUCGAGACGGUGUUGACAAAACGUAAGCAGACUUUAGUGCUUAAAGCAACAAUGAUGUAGAUAUUGCUGAAAAUACUGAUUCUGUUGGAAAGAUUUUAGAUGCUAAUUUAGACUUAGAUAUAGAUAUUUUAGAAAUUGUUAAAGCAGUUGAAAAGGCUAAAAUUGGUAAAGCUGCUGGUAUAGACUUUAUCCAUCUGAUGUGUUAAAGAAUGAUACAUGUACUUCACUGUUUGUUUUGCAUACUUUGUUUAAUGUCUGCUUUCAAACAGAAAUAAUCCCCACAUUGUUUUCGAAAGGUAUAAUUAAUCCAAUUCCCAAGUCUAGCUAUUGGAAAUGAAAGUGUUUGUAUACUACAAGUAUUAUAUGCAGAUGAUAUUGUGUUAGUAUCUGAGAAUGAAAUUGAACUACAGAACAUGUUAACAUCGUGAAGAAUGUCUGUCAAUGCAGAAAAAAGUAUUGUUGUGCAUUUUAGACCAAAUUCAAUAUAGCAUUCAAACUUUUAACUUUAAAUGUGGUCAGUUAGUCAUAGAUUAUGCAAAAAAAAUAUUUGUAUCUUGCCAUUUUGCUAACAGAACAUCUUGAGUAUAAAAUUACUGCAAAAUAUGGUAGCACAGAGUGCGGGGCAUGCCUUGGGGCUGCUCAUUGCCAAAGAAAAAAGUUAUGGUGGUCUGCAUUACUAUCUUUAAACUAAAUUGUAUAAUUCAUAUGCGGUUCCAUGUUAUUUCAUAUGGUGCUGCUAUUUGGGGCAUAGAAUCUUUUUCCUGUAUGUCUGCUGUUCAUCACAGAGCAAUGAGAUUUUUUCUUGGCACGGGCAAAUAUACCCCCAGUGCAGCAAUUUAUUUUCGAACAAUGGAAAGCAGUAUGUUAUCACUGAAAUCGUUGACUUAACUAUGAUAAUACCAGAAGCAAUAAGAAAAGGAAGCAACAGAUGUAAAACUGACCAUUUCUUGUACAGAAUAAGCUAGUUUCACUUGGUUUAAUUAAAUGCAUAUAUACAAUUACAUUUUAAACGUAAAAAUAUUAAAUGCUAUAUCAACUGUUCUCAUAGACACCCAUAUUCUGCAGUGGAGAGCUGAACUCGAUAGAGUUUCAAGCAUUAGUGGCGUUUGUCGUAAUAAACUAAGAACUUACAGACUCUUUAAAACUAGAUAUGAGGUCGAACCAUAUUACAAAAUACAGCUACCAUAUUCCCAUAGAUCUGCUUUGGUAAAGUUCAGGUGUGGUGUUGCACCCUUGCAGUUUGAAACUUGGCGAUAUGAGGGAUUGCCAGAACACAAGACAACUUGUCCUUCCGGCAAAACCAUUGUUGAAAAUGAAUUUCAUGUUCUGCUUAACUGCUAAACUUAUUCUGUUGAUAGAAAUUUACGUUUUGAAAAAGCCUUUUCUCUAGAUAAUAAUUUCAGGAUAUCUCAGACGUUUAUGAAAAGAAUUUUAGCAAAAACCUGCUGAAAUAUACUGAAAAUCCGAAAUAACACUUUGUACAGUAGAAACAUUAAUGCAGCAUAGUCUUUUUUGUUUUUAGCUUGGUAUUACUCUGUUGCUGAAACAAGCUUUGUACUAUUUUAGCUAAGUAUUAUUAUUUUAAGGGUUCUAUUGUAAUAUUUAAAUUGUCAGCCUGUAUUGGCUUCUUCUAUUAUGUAACAGGUGAAACCUGUUAAUCUGUACACUUCUAUCCAAAUAAGAGGUGAAAUAUAUCUUUCUUGUAAUAUUUAAUUGUAUUUAACUAAUAUAAUAUUACACCUUGUCUGUUUUAACUAUAUUUUACUGUUCUGUGCUUUUAUUUAAUAUUUUUAGUAUACAGUGAUAUGAGUAGCCUUUCAACCUUUACUUUAGUGGUAUAUAUAUAUAUACUGUAAGUUUUGUUUCUCUUAAAAUAUGUAUAGCCUCUAAUAAUUCUAUAUUAAGAAUGACUAUGUACAAUGUGUCUUUUAUCUUGGAUGAUAACAUUUUAUUUGUAAUUGUGCAAAGAUUAGAUUGAAUAAAUAAAUAUCAAGUGGUAUUGA